GCUACGACAUGAAGGACGAGAACGACGGCUACGGUAUUGUGAUCUGGUUUUCCAUGUUCUUCCUACUCCUCGGGUUAUGUGGAGCCCAUCCUGUUGCAUCCUACCUGAUCGAGAUCAAGGAGACUGAGUGCAAAUGCAAGACGGAGCUGGCGGUUCUACGGGCGAAGGCCGAGAAGGAGCGGAUCGAGAAGGAGAGCGAACCAAAGGGACCACCAGGUGACGAGCGCGGCGGCUCGUCGAACGACCUGCGCGCGGCCGGGGCGGUGGGAGUGCAGAGCAUGACUACGUGCAAGUUCAGCGGAGACGUAUGGAGGCUUCAGCAUCAGACGCAGGGUUUUCGCAGAGCGGGCGAG